GUGUUGUUGUGUUUGAAUCAGCCACAAAAUGAAGCGCGACGUAUCCACAUCGACAAUUGGUCGGGACGAGGCCCGCCGUCCCCUGAUGGAGGCCUACAUGUUUCAGCGUCGUCUGUUGCUUGGCUGCAGUCUGCUGAUGGUCAUCUCGUUGCUUAUCUGGAUUGUGGCCAUAUCAACGGACCACUGGAUCAUUAUAUCCGGCGGAAAAGGCAUCUUUAUACCCGAGUCCCGACGCUUCUUCAUGUCCUCGCACUCGGGUCUGUGGCGGCAUUGCCGCAACACAAUCGUGCCUAAUGCCCUGAGCAAUGCGCAGGUGGUCCGCAACUUCAGCUCCAUGUCCUACACGUCCCAGAUUAACAUCAACGAUGCCAAGCGCAAUCUCUCCCACAUGGAGUUCAUCAGGGACUUUGCCCAGGAAAAGCUAAACGACUCGGACAGCUUCACGGAGUCGGCCCGCCGUCGAAUGUUCGCCCAUUGGGCACGGGGCGAGGAGGAGGAGUUUCAAACGUUUCGCAGCGCCUUCCGCAAGCUGGUCAUGUCCACGGAGGACAACCAGCGGCAGUUCAAUGCGACAGCCAUCAAGCCCAUACCCAUCGAUCCCUUGGACGUCAAAGGCAUCAUAGCGCGGCAGACGUUCGGCUCCGCCCUGCAGCGUGUCAAGUACAACAACACGUGGUCCUACUAUGUGAUCCCGGAGGUGGCUCAAGAGGCUAUAUUCAGCAACUGGACAGACUACCCGCUGGUGGUGCGUCUCCUGGCCACCUACAUUCGCGACAUCAACAUACCCGCCUUUGUGCUUAACGAUGAGCGUGUGAUUCUUAUCCUAGUGCCGCCACUGCCGCCGAAAAGAGGCGGUCACACAGCCUUUUACAGUUACAUACCCAAUCAGCGCUGCAAAUACAUCGACAUGUUCCCCAACUCCAACGCUUUGCGCAAUGAGCCCGGCUUUGACGACGAGUUAAUGGUGGGUUGGUAUUCUCUUUCAGAUUACAUACGAACGCAGGCAUCGUUUGCCUGCAUCACGCUGUUCGUCAUGAGCCUGGGCGCCGUCUUUUCCUUCUACACGUUCAUGAAUCCUCGCUACAUGUUCAAGCGUCUGGCCGGCGGCAUUCAUCUGGUGGCCGCCUCCACAGCGCUGGUAGUUAUCCAGGUUCUGUUCUCAUCCAUUGACUACACAAAGGAGCACCUGUUCUAUGCCUAUCCGGAUGGUGCGGAAUUAACUUAUGGAUAUGGCGUCUAUUUGGCCUGGUUCACGUUUGUGGAUAACAUUUUCUGCGGUCUCAUGUUCCUCUGGUACUCUGGCAAGAAGAAGGGUGCCAAAGCGCCUAACGACGAGGUGGCCAUGGCGGACGAGCCAACUAUCAUGGGCAGAUAAUAAGAGAAUGCCAAAGAUGACGAUGGCUCUCUUUGCCCUUCUUGCGACCAAAGACCAAAGCAACCAGCGUACGUUUGGUUUGCUUAUUCAUUAACAUUUUGUUAUUUGUUGUUUUCUUAAUAGAUGUACUUGAAAUGUUCGCUUUAUUACGUUAAGAAUGCAAUAAAGAAAUUAUUGGAUUUCA